UUCCGAUGUAAUGUUUAAAUUCACUGGUAAUUGUUCAGUUUGGUUAGAUUCAAAAAGUAAAUAUAAAUUAAGGGGUAGAUAAGUUAACUUUUUACACUACUUUUUACACAACAUAAACACUGGCGACAACAGAUUUGCCCCUUGGUACUACUAAAGCAGAGUGGUCCCGAACACGCAGUCGCGUGUCCGCGCUAGCUAGUCGUACUGUAAUAGACUCCACAAAGCCUUUUAUUUCCAUCCAAAAUGACAAUUUAGAAACAUGGAAGACUUGGAUAUUUUGUUAUCCUGGAGAAAAGCGAAAUAUUUAUAAACUCUGGAUGUCACCAAUGUUGAAAUUGAAUAUCAACGAUGAUUAUUCUGUGAGUUAUGGUGAUAAUGCUUUGGAAACGGAGGCAAGUGCCUCUUCAUUUAGUUUCAACAUCAUACGUAACAAGUUGUUUCAAAACAAAGAAAUUUCUUUGCUUCCUUUUAAUUCAACUUGUGUGCGAAUCAGUACAACAAAUGAUUUUUCUGUACAACUGAGAACAAAAGGAAUUGAAAUAUGGCUAGUCAUCACUUUUGGACUUGGAAUCCUGAUGUUUGCCAAUGCAGACCACUGGAGUCAGAAUUCUUCAUUUCAUUACCUGAUGGGAACUGUACUUGGAAUUAUUUUUUCUGUGCUGAUUAUAUUAUUCCUCAUUAGUCGGAUGAUUUCAAAGAAAGUCGUUACAGCUGCUUUUCUUCUGUCUGGAGUAUCUGGAAUGCUUUACACAUUUCAUUGGUUUUACCAGAAUGUGUUCCUGUUGACCAAAGAGUACUGGAUUUCUCUUCUAGUUUACCUCACAGUAACUGGUGUACUCUCAUUCUUUUUAUCCUAUCGAUUUGGACCAGUCACUGAUAUCCGAUCUAAAAAAAUUCUCUGUUGGAUUAUACAAGGUCUUGGUUUAUUUUUAGUAUUUCAUGGAACUCAACUCACCGAAGUGUCCUCUGCUGCUAUCAUUAUUAUUCUUGCUGUUUAUAAUCGACCACAGUGUCUUGACAAUUUCUACAAACGCUUCAAGUAUAAAUAUUUCCCACGAAAACACAGAUUUUUAACAGAAGAAGAAUACAUUACUCAAGGAGCAGUAGAAACAAAGAUUGCCUUGGAAAAGCUCAGGGAGUAUUGCCGCAGUCCGGACUGUGACCAUUGGAAAGUAGUCAACAAACUUAGUUCUCCUAAAAGAUUCACUGCUUGAUAAAAACCCUAUCAAUUCAGGAUCCUUUGCUGACAUAACUGGGCGACUGUGAUCUGACUAAUUCUUUCUAAUCAACCUCUGAACAUUCUGUUUAGAUACUGCUUGAUCUAUUCCGCCCAUGAUCAUUUUUCGAUUUUUCUAUUGAUGCUGUAAAAAAUCUUGUUCUCUCUGAGGUACUUUUUUGUCUCUACUACAACUGCAAUUUUUAAAGGAGUUGCACUUGCAACAGGAAAUGUCAAAUAAAUCUUUUGUUGCAUUGUUUUUAAACACUUUACACUUUGCUUGAAAUGAUGGCAAAUUUUUUCUAUUUUUCACUGAUUUUUGUAAUACUUGGUACUUUAGAUAAAAGUUUAAGAUUUUUGGUUUAAAUGACUCCAUCGUAACACAAAGGAUGGAUGUCUUUUGUCAAAGAAGAAUUAUCUUUUCUGCUACAAUCUUGACAAUUUGUUUAAUUGAAGGAUCUUUUUUUAACUACAUUCUUUUCUUUUUCUUAUUCAAAUAAAACGUAUUUUAGUACAUCCUUGUCAGUUGGCAAAACUCACUUGCUAAGAUCACAUGGAGUACCAAAUAUUUGGCUUUCAGUAUCAUGACAUGUUAUUGGCUUAUGAGUCAUCACUAAAUGUAAACAACACUAAAUUCAACACGAUCGUUAAUUUUAAUACAAUGGCCUAAAAUCAAGGUACAAAGCAGAAAACUUCACACAUGCAUGACAUACGUCCACACACAAUGACCACUGGAGAGAAGUUCACACUCCCGUUCUCUUUAUAGUCAAUGUGGAACCUUAAAAUAUAAGUCAAUUGUAUUGAAACUUGGUAUGCAACCUCUUGAGGAUACUAUAUUUACUGUUUUGCAUUCUGCUAUGUAGAAAUAUGUAUCAUAAUCCAUGAAAUCCAAAAUUCAACCAAAAAUAGUGAUUUUUAAAAUUUUCAAUUGCGUUGCAAAGCCCGGAAAAGAUAUUUAACCACAAAGUUCUUUUAUACACCUUUCUUUUAACCCUAAUUUGCAACAAAAUAUGAUUCUUGGCUACCAAUUUUGAAAGUUGCAGUUCUCACUCCACCCUCAUGUGUAAUCUGGUUGAAAGCUUUCAAUUAUAUAGAAGCUACAAAUAUGUAAGGGUCAAAUAUGAGCCCUAUUACAUGUUUAAUAUUUAUUUUAUCAAUCAUAAUUAUAGGUAAGGCUAUGUGUUUACAAGCUUCAAGUUCCAUCUUAUCCUGCAGCAUGGCACUUUUUUAGUCAAGAGUUAUGUACUUAUAGUGGGUUCUGGAAUUUGAUAGACAAAAAUUGUAUGAAAUUUUGUUGUGUAUAUGUGUGGUUGUAUGGGAAUGAGUGUUUGUUUUCAUAGGUUAACAUACCCUACAGUUUGAUGGUUUUGUGUGAAAACUAGUGGAAUAAAAACACCUUAACAAGUAACAGCUGGCAACAAGGGCCUCUGGCCAUAAAAUACUGCUUUAACGCUUUAGCAUUCAGAUUACUGUAUCAAUGUAAUGUUUAUUUAUUAGUGAAUAUGAGAGGUCAGAUCUGGCUGGCUUUAAGAUAAAACAGGUAAAUUAUUUUGGCCAGAUAUGGCUGUUUUAAAUGCUGAAGGGUUAAUAAUCUCAUCCAGUCCAUGUCAGUAUGAAAAAAAGCAGAUGUAAAAACAAUGAUGAUAGUGAAAUCACAUGUAAAGCUGGCCUUAACAAGAUUUGAACUUGGACGAUAGUAUGAAAAAACAAAACUCUAGGAAGAAUUUGUCUGGUAGUUUAGUUAUUUUUGCUGCUUGAUCAUUCUUUGAGAAAAUAUUCUUGAUAGUCCAAAGUAAUAUGUCAAUGCCUAUGACUUUUAUAGGCCAUUCCACAGUGGUGAGAUUGUUGUAUAUAAUCAAUAUAAAGCUUGGACAGUUGUAGGUUAAUGACUACAGGAAACACAUAGAGACGGCAUCUGUUCUAGGAAGGAAAGAUUGAAUAAAUAAAAUGUAAAUUUUUUUGUUGGAUCUGGAGGAAGAACAAUACCUAUUGUCUUUUGCAUACCUUCUGAGACUGGCAGAAUUGAUGCAGUUAAUGUUCCUUUUGAACCAUUGUAUGUCAGUACCAGCUAGAGAAAUGUGAGCAAAGAGGGUGUUCCAGAGAAGUGAUGUUCUAGAAAGGAAGGACUGGGUGAGUGACUAGUGCUAGACCUGGGUUGGAUAAAGCGAGGGUAAAAGAGGUGGAAGUUCCAUCUAUUCACAAGGCUUUGAUCUGUCUGAGAUUGUAGUGGAGACACUUGCUCAAAGUGCUACACAAUAGGACUGAACUUGAAACCACAUGGUUGGGAAGUGAACUUCUUAACCACACAUACCUUUACCUAUACCCAUACAUGUAUAAAUGCACGUGUGUGUUGGCAAGAAAGCAGAAAAACCAGUGAGCAGUGAACAAAGUCCCUUUAUAUAUCCUGUACUUAGUUACAAGCACUCUCUUGUGAUUCUUGUCAUCAAAAAUGCAAUGAAUCAGUUAUUUGCUCAUUAGAAACCUGUAACCAACAAAGCCCUUUAUUCACUCAUGAUAUAAAUGAAUAUAAGUUAUGGUGCAUCUAUUUCACUAAAGAGCUUCAACAAGGACAAAACAUAAACAGAAUUAUCUCCCAUAUAUUCAAAUGUAAAACAUUAUUAGUCAUUUAUAAAAUUUUUUCUUCUUUCACUGCUUAUUUGAAUUUUUAAUGUUUAAUCAUUUGAUUUUAACUAACAACAGAUUGCAUAGACGUUCCACAUAUUAAUUAAUGUGUGGUGUAGUACUUCUUCACUAUUUAUAUUUUUGGUGUUACUCUAAGCUUUGAUGAAAUAAAUCAUUG